AGCGUAGACGUCGCUAUUGGUCGUUUCGUUAUCCCCACCUCGGCUUCGAUAUAGUCGCAUUGUCGCCUAUAUGCUUGCAUUUCGACGUGCGUCGUACGGAGAGCAGCUGAUAUAUACCUAUAAUUCGAGAUCGAGCGUCUUUCAGCGUCGUCAUCUUGGCUGUCCAGUACUAAUAGCUCAGUUGAUUUCGGCCAGGUCUUUGCUUACCAUCGAGUGCUUUGUUUUUGUUUGGUGCAAGGUGUUUCCGUGUGUACAUAAAAGUAUUGAUUGGCGAAUCUAUCGAUCAAUGGUAUAUUGCGAAGUGAAGGGUGAAUAGAUAGAGUGAUAAAUAAAAAUGCGCAUCUGCGCGGUGUUAUUGGAGCAAAGUGACACGAUCCGAAUCUCGCAUACGUUCGCAGUUAGAAACGCCCACUAUGCGCAGCUCUUGUAAAUAGCAAAUUACCGUGAAAGCAAGUAUACGAAUAAUCGAACAACUGGCGACAGCCCAAAAGCAUUAAAAAUAUUCCAUUCAACUUGCUGAUUCGCAGCGGAAAAGUAUACCGAGAAGGUGGUGCGCCAUAAGGUACAACGAAGAGAUAAAACCGAGUUUAGAAAAGUCUCGAGCAUCGAGGAGCGAAGAUGAGCAAUUUGGAAUUGGAGAAGCUGUCGCUGGAAGAGGUCUUGGACAAAGAGGUCAGCGAGACCAGUGGCGAGUUUGUGAAUAGGCUUAUUUAUGGACGAAAAUUGGAAAAACUCGACAUUCCAAAAUUAGACGAGAACACCUGCGAAGUAGCCGGUUGGCGGAUGGGUGGCGCCAAAGCCGAGCAGUUGCGUCCACCUAGGAUCGUCCGAGUUGGUCUGAUCCAGAACUCGAUAGUUUUACCAACCGAUGCGCCGAUCGCCGAGCAACGCGCCGCGAUUCACAAGAAGAUCUCAGGUUACAUAGAUCAUGCGGCCAAGUGCGGGGUCAACAUCGUCUGUAUGCAGGAGGCUUGGACGAUGCCGUUCGCCUUCUGCACGCGCGAAAAGUAUCCUUGGUCGGAGUUUGCCGAAGAGGCGGUCGAUGGCCCGACGACCGAGCUUCUGUCCAACUUGGCUCGCAAGCACAACAUGGUAAUCGUUUCGUCGAUCCUCGAGCGCGACGGUGUCAACGGCGAUACCGUCUGGAACACGGCAGUCGUUAUAGGACCAGACGGUAAAGUCAUCGGUAAACACAGGAAGAAUCACAUUCCACGAGUCGGAGACUUCAAUGAAUCUACGUAUUACAUGGAGGGUAACACUGGACAUCCAGUCUUCGAAACUCCCUAUGGAAAGAUUGCAAUCAACAUUUGCUAUGGACGGCAUCACCCCUUAAACUGGCUUAUGUUCGGCAUUAACGGUGCAGAGAUUGUCUUCAAUCCAUCCGCCACCGUUGGUAAUCUCUCGGAACCUUUGUGGCCCAUCGAGGCUCGCAACGCAGCCAUAGCUAACAGCUAUUACACUUGCGCGAUUAACCGCGUCGGCAUCGAGAAGUUUCCUAACGAGUUUACCUCAGGUGAUGGUAAACCAAGUCACCGAGAGUUCGGACAGUUCUACGGCUCGAGCUAUGUAGCAGCGCCAGACGGUGCGAGGACACGCGGACUCAACCGACACAUGGAUGGUUUAUUGGUGGCAGAGUUGGAUCUAAACCUGUGUCGCCAGACGAAAGACGUUUGGGGAUUCAGAAUGACUCAAAGACUGGAUAUGUAUGCGAAGGAAAUAACCGCAGCCUCGCAAUCCGACUUCAAACCACAGGUUGUGGGAAAGUGAGGAAAUUCCAAUGGAAGAUAAACUCGUUCUGUUGUCACAUUGUAAAAAGAUUCAUUUUAUAUAUUUAUAAAACGACUAAAACAUUUCUUUUCCAGAAGGAGAGUUAUUGGAUAGUUUUGUACGAAAAACAGUAGCUUAAUUAAAUUAAUGAUUCCUAUAAAGUGAUAAAAUAAACUUUAUACAA